AUGGAGGCGGGACUCAGGUUCCGCACUCCAGCUGCUGGAGAGCGACACUCCCUGGUGUCGCGGUCCCCGUCGCCGAACCCCGAAUCGGAGGACGAGGAGCGGAUCACCGACGUAGAGCUGGAGGAGGAGGAGGAGGCCGGCGUCCGGUCGGCAGGGCAGGAGGACGAGGUGCCCACGAUUGACCUGGCAUCGUCGGAAGAAGAGGAGGAGGACAUCGCGACGGAGAUGGUGAGUCCGGAGGUCUCCUCAGACGAGGAGGACGAGCCACGUCGGGCGGCGAAGGCCCGGAUGGCAUUCCGGAGAAUAAGGAGGGCCGCAGCUGGAUUCGGGCGGAUCCGUUUGGGCGACGCAGCGCCAUCGGGCCGCCCGGAAGAGGUGAAGCGAAUAUUCGCGACCCGGGCGGAGGUGGUGCGGCGAGUAUUCGCGCAGCGGGCGGUGGCACGGGCAGCCGCCGCUGCCAGAGAGUGGCAAAAGCGGCUGGAUGAGGGUGAGGCUGAAGAGGCGGCGAUCUGGGCACAGCCGGGCCCUCCGGAACAGCCGCCGCCGCAAGCACCGCCACCGCCGUCGCCACCACAGCCGUCGCCACCGCUGUCGCUGUCGCUGUCGCAGCCGCCACCACCGCCGUCGCCGCCGCGGGGAGCACCACCGCCAUCACCAUCGCCACCGCUAACGCCGUCGCCGCCCCGGGCAGCAACACCGCCACCGCCACCACCCAAGGCCGUCGGUGAGCCGACAACAUUCGGCGGACAGCAGCCGCUGGGAGGAGAUGGCCGAGGAAGGGUGGCCGCCCAGGGUGGAAGCCGAGGCCAACAGGCAGCGGAUGAGAGCCCGUAG